AUGAUCGACUUACCACCGAUACCAACUUUGAAAAUUGAAUAAUAACUUUUAGGUGAAAAUAAAUGGACUCAAACUUAAAAUUGUAACUCCCUAUUUUAAAAUGUAGAUAACAUAAAGCAUUAAAAGUAAAUAGUGAUUAUAUCAUAGGCAAAACUUCCAUCUAAAAGUAGGUGAUAUUAUCUAUUUUAAAUCUUAUUUGAGCGAUGAUUUCAAAGGAGUAAUAUCUGGUGAUGGAAUUGCAAGCAAUAAAUUAGAAUGUGUGUAAAUAUUAGGAAAAAAUAAAUUACAAGAUAUCUAAUCACAAAAAAGCUUAUAAUUUAAGGUAGGGAGCCUAACUUUCUAAAAAUGUUUAUUUUAAAUAAUUACAGGAAAAAAAUACUUAUAUUAAAAUUAAUAUAAGUUAUAAAGAGAGAAGCCUGUAGAUUAAAGGAUUAUUACUGAAGAAUAGACAUAGCCUUCCGAUAAUGAUUAAAAAUUAGCAGAAUUAAAAAAAAAGUGUGAUGAGGAAAUAGAAGAGAAUAAAAAAUUCUAAGAGUAUUAAAAAGGAUCUAAUAUUGUUUAUGGUGAAGAAAUAUAGCUAUUACAUACCUAUUCAGGAUGCACAUUAACUCUAAAAAGCGGCAUUUUAGCAAAGGAGAAUUGUUGUAGAGAACUAUCCUUAGAGGAAAAAUCAAAUUAAUAUUCAAACUUUAGAAUUUUAUCAAUGAAUUCUGUAAAAAAUGCAGGUGAACCAAUAUUGUAUGGAGAUUAAAUUAUUGUCUAAAAUUGUAGUUAAUCACAAUGGAAUUUAAGUGUGCAAAUGCCAUCUGAUAAUGUUUAUAAGAAAGAUGGACUUGAAGUAAAUGCAUCAGAAUAAGCUUAUCCAUUAAAAAUUUCAAGUUACAUUGACAAUAAAACAGAAGAAGAAAUUAAUAAAUAAUAAAUUAAGGGAAAGUAUUUACAGAGUGGUGACGUUUUAACCAUAAAGAACAGGUAUUUGGGAGGAUACUUAUGUAUUAAGAGAAUAAGAAGAAUUACUGAUGAAUUAGAUAAGAAAGAAUUAAUUAUAAAUUAUUCUGAAACUAAUAUAAAUUAUUCAAUCAAUCAAUAUUAUUUUGAUGUAGAUAAAAUAAGAAAUGAAAAAAUUAAUUAAAUGUAUUAAUUAUAUGUUGAUACUACAUAAGAAGCAGAUGAAAAUUUAAACUGUUUAUGGUAAAUUUAGCAUGUUGAUAGUUUAAUAUAUUAAAAGUCAACUUAUGAAAGUGUAUUUUUGAUAAGACAUGUUUGUACUGGAUUAUUUUUAUAAAUAACAAAUAAUGGAGUUGGAUUAACUUAUGAUGGAUUAAAGAUGGAAUGCCAAUUUAAUCUGAAAUCUAAAAAAUAAUCAAUUGAUCCAAUUUCUUAUAGUGAGACAUGUAAAAUAUAAUCAGCAAUCACAAUAUCAAUUGAUAGUCAUUAAACAUAAGAAGGUGUAGUUUUAGUUUGCUAAGAUGAUAAGAAAGUUGCAGUGUAAAGAAAAAGUAAAAAAUAAAAAAUUGAAAAAUCAACUUUUUUAUUGAAGUCAACUUCUUAGGAACUCUCAAAAAUAUCAUUAAGGAUUAAUUCUCUUCAAGAAUAUUUAAUUUAGUUUUACUUAUUUUUAUAAGAUUGGGGCAUAGUAAAAUCUAUUGAUAAAAAUUAAUAAGAAAAGCGAAAAUAUGAAUAUUAUGAAGCUUUCAAUAAUCAAAAAUUAUUAUUUGAUGAAAUCUUAUAAUUAUAUUAAACUUUGUAAAAUUUAAAUUUGUAUUUAAAAAAUGAAGGAUAGCCUUAAUCUAACGAAUAAUAAUAAUGCAAAUAAAAUACAUUAAUGGAUAAUGAUAUUAUUAAUUUACUUUUUGCAAUUUAAGGAUUAUGCAACUGUAUGAUCUACGGAAAUACUAAAAUUUUAUUUGAUAAAAGUCCUUAAAUAAUAGCCAAAAUGAAAUUAGAAUCUCAAAAAAAGAAUUGCAUUACAGAAAUCUAUUCUGUUUUGAGUCUCUGUGUUUAAAGUAAUCCAAAAACAAGUAAUUAUGUAUUAAGUUUGUAAAUGUAUAAUGAGAGUAUAUUAGUUUUCUUGCUUUAACAAUUAGAGUAUUAGAGAGAUGGCGUUUCCAAUCUAAUGAAAGAAACUGUGCGUUAUACUGAUAAGACUGAUAUAAAAACUAGCUUAGAAAAAUGGGUUAAAAAACUCGAGCCCCUAACUGAAAAAAAUAUUGAAGAUCAAGCACUAUAUAUUGAAAUAAUAAGUUUGAUGAUGAUUGAUCCGUAUGAAAAUCCAAAAUCUUUUUCUUAAGACUCUUGUAGAAAAUUAUUAUUUGGAAAAAAGCAUCAAUCUGAUUAAUCUUUUCCUUUUUCUAAGGCUUUAAUUGCAUUAGAUAUUUAUGAAGAAAAUUAAAAUUAAUAUCCAUAUGUUCUAUUUUCUCCAAAAAGAGAAAAAGGAACACUACUAUAAUUAUCACAUUAAUUUGGAGAAAAUAAUCCAAUUUUUUGUUAAUUAUAUUUAAGGUUUGUUGAAAAAUAGAUCAAAAGUAGUAAUAGAUUUAAGAAACAAAGACCUCCUUUGGUAGAUAUUUCUAUUGAUUUCUUUACUACUGAAACAUUAAAGGAAAAUUAAUUGGUGAGAUAAGAAGAUUAUAAUAAAGUAGUACCAAUAUUUUAGAAAUAUGAAAAUUAUUUAAUGAACGUAAUGGAUUUAUAUUCAUCUUUAUGUAAGGGAAGAAAUUUAAAAAGUAUCAAAUGUUUAAUGAAAAAUUGUUUUUUAAAUGAAAAAUUUUUAGAAAUCUGUUUGAUAAGUCAAAAAAAAAUAAAAACAGGACUUAGAUUUGAGAAAACUUUAAUAGAACUAUUUUGUAAUUUAUAUUUAGAUAUUGAUCCAUUAAUAAAAAUUUCAUAGUUUGAUAACAAAUGCUAUUUGAAUGAUGAUUUAGAUUAAUAUAAUAUUUAAAAUUAAUCAGGGAUUUAUUUUUAUGAAAAAAAUGCUUCAAAAUAAUUGAAACGAAACGAAGAAUAUAAGAAAUUUUUAAAUUCAAAUAGAGCUUAAGCAGAACAUCAAUAUUUGAAAUUAUUUGCAAAGAAAAUGCUAUCUAGAAAGUAAAUAAAUGAUGUUAGAAUUUAUUAUUUAGAAAUAUUUACUUAAAUAGCUUAUCCAGAUCAUUUCAAAGUUUUAGAAUUUAAUAACAAUAUAUUUUAACCACUUAAAUUAAAUAUAGAAUAGAAUAAUAUUGACUAUAAAAGAUUAGCAAAUUAUUAAUUAAAAUACUUUUUGGGAAUUCUAUAAAUAAUAAAAAACAGUAUUGAUUUAGGAUAUAAUAAUCUGGAUGAAAAUUAAAGUAUUUUUUCAAUAUUACCAAACAUUUUUGUUGCCUUAAUUUUACAAUAAAGAUAAGAUAAUAAGAUUUAUAAAUUCAAAGAUAAUGAAAGUUUUGAAUCUAAUUUAUUAAAUUUAAAUUAAUCUAUUGAAAAUAAUCUAUGGGUCACAACCUAUUUACCAACUGCUUAACAAUUAUAAGAAUAAAGAAAAUAUAAGCAUAAAAAUUAAGAUAACGGUCGGAAAUAAUUUGAUUAAGUAAUUAAAUAAGAUAUUUAAUUUGAACGAAAUUGGAUUCUUUAAUUUUUGAUUUGGACAUUUUAAUAUUGUGAUGAUGAAUUAUUAAAAAUGAAAAUUUAUUUGGAAGGUCUUUAAAUUUUAAAAAUUUUUAGUCUCUUAAAAUUGAAUCUUUAAAUAUUAGAUUUCUUAUUUGGUAAAUAUUAAGUAAAUGAAUCAAAAUGUAAUUCUCCAAGCUCUAGAGAACUUGAUUAAUUUGACUUUAAUGAAAUUCAAAACAUUAAUUAAGAAGAUUAAAUCAAAACGUAAAAAACUUUAGCAUAGAAAACAAUAUUUAAUGUUUUUAAGGAACCAGAUGGCAAUAGUUUUAGUGCUUUAUUGUUUUGUUGUUUACUUUCAUUAGAAAAAAGAAAUAAAUUAAAUGAGGAUUUGCUUGAAAUUUUAAUUUAGAAUUUUCAAGCUCCUAAAAAUUCAAUAAAUGAAAUUAAAGAAGUUGAAAUUAUUGAUGAUUCAACGGAAUUACAAUAUUUUUCAAUAAUUAAUGGAAAUUCAAAUACAGUUUAGAUAAUUAGCCCUAAAGAAGCAUAAAUUUAAACUAAAAGAGCAAUUAAAUUCAUUCAAAAUACUAAUAGGAAAGAAGAAAAAAUAAAACGUAUAAAAUCAUUUGAUUAAUUAAAAAGCUAUUAAGAAAAAAUAAUUUAAUAAUUUGAAUAAUUCUUUAAACCAAAUUCUUAAAAAGUUUAAUACUUAAAAUCAUUUUAAAAUAUUGUUAGAAAUGCAGGAGUUCAUUUGGUAUUCCUAUAAUUUUUAGUAAAACCCUAAAGUGUGUGUAGUUCUGCUGAUAUUGUUUAAUUUUAUAAGAGAUUGAUUUUAUUUUUUGAAUACUUCACAAAGGAUAAUUAAAUUAAUAUAGCAAUUUUAGCUUAAAAAGAGUAUUUGUAUAAAUUGCUCGAUAUCAUUUAAAUUGAUCAAUUAGGAGCUGAAGAUUGGUUUUAUAUUCCAAUGAAAGUUACUAAACUUGUAGUAUAAUUAAUAUCCACAAUUCCAAAAUGUGAACAUGAUAAUUUCAUAAUGAAUAUUUUUUAGAGAAUAAAAGAAUUAGGAGAUGAAUUAAUGAAAAGUUAAGAGAUUUUUGUGAUAACACCUAGUUUGAAAAAGCUAUUCAUUGAAAGGAAGAAAACUCCAAGAAAGUAAGAUUAGGAUGCAGUAGCUUAUUUCAGUUUAAUUCAAUAUUUAAGAAUAUUAAGAUGUUUAACCAAGACUUUUGAAAUUCCAGCUUAACAGUCUUAUGUCAAUAAGCAUUUGAUUUUAAAUUCCAUUUUAAAAUCUUAAUUUUUGAGAAUUAUAUUAGAACCAGUAAAUUACUAUAUAAAAAUAUUAAUUCCUUAAUAAGGAUUAGUUAAAUAGAGUGAAAAUGAUAGUUUAUAUUAUCAUAGAAUUAAACUACAUGCUUAGUUGAUAAUUCUAAUAACAGAGUGUUGUUAAUAAUACAGAUUAGGAAUCUAAGAAAUGUAAAGAAUAUUAUUAUAUGAAUAAUUAAAAUCAAUUCUUUUACAUUCAGAUUCUGAAUAUAUUGUUAAGAGAGCUUACUUAUAAUGUUUAUUUGAAUUAUAUAUAAAUAAAGCAAAAGAAGGAGGUUUUAGUAACGAUACUAUUGAAAGUGACGAAGUAAGAGACAUUUUAUCAAGAAUUAUAACACCUGAAUUAGAUUAGAGACAAAUAUGUUAAUUUUUAGAAGGGUUGGCGAAAUUAGGAAAUAAAGAUUAGAAUAAGAAAGUCAUUGAAACGGUUUUGAGAGAAUAGAUUACAAGAUAAAAAAGAAAUUAUUUCGAAGGAAGAUUGUCUAUAAAUGAAGCAUCAAAUAAAGAAUUACGAAUAAUUAGAGAUUGUAGUGAAUAUUGGACAUAUUUAAGGAAAAAUGGUAUUUUCCACUUUUUAGUAUACACUUAUGAUGAAAUGAUGAUUGAUAAUGAAAAUUCUGAUUAUUUUAGUUUAUCAGAUGAAUUUGCUAUUAUCAAAUAGAUUGUUUAAAAAAUUAAAGAAAUAUUUAAUGUUUUGGAAAGAGACUUUAGAGUAAAAAAAGAAGACUUAGAUUUAGAUGAUUAUAGAGAAUUGAUUAUUUCAAUAGAAGAAAUAAUACCUAAAAGAAAAAUUACGAAAUUUGGUCAGAAUUUUAGAAUCAGAUUUGUAUAAGAAAACAAUAAUGAUAAAUUAUUAUUUGAUAAAUAUAAUACUUUAAAAGAAGAUUAGACUGGAGAAAAGAAAUUACUAUAAAAUGAUAAUGUAUAGAGGAUUGAAAAUAAGUUUAAGAGAAACUUUAAAAUAUAUUUAAUAAGAUAUAAAGUAAAUAUUUAAUAAUUUUUUAAUUUUAUUGAAAAAGAUGCUUCAGAAUUAAAUGAUUAAGAAAAAUUAAGAAAGAUUAUAGACACUUGCAACAUUUAUAAAUAAUAUAUAUAAUUAGAAGAUAUUCAAAAUAUAUAUUAAUAAGAUGAUUAUCGUAUUGAAAAUUAAGAAUCGAAGUAAAAUAAAAAAAAAAAUAUUGAGGGUUGGGAAUUAUUUAAAUAAGCAAUGAGAGAAUAGUUUGAAAGAAAAUUUAAUACAAGUCUUAUUACUUCUUAAUAAAUUUAAUCAUAUUAAUGUUAAUAAAAAAAUUUAGAUAGUGUGAAAAAAGACUUUUAAUAAGCUACAAUACUCUUAAUUAAAUAAUAUUAUAAUGGCCAGCUUGAAUUAAAUAGAAAUUUAAUCUCUGAGGAUGUGUAAAUAGAACUAAUGAUAAAAUCAUUAGAGAAAUAAUAAACCAAUUUAUUUAGUUUAGAUAAUUUAAAAGACUUUUUGAAAAAAUGCUAAGAAAUAUUUUUAAAUAAAGAAAUUUAUUUAAUUAAAUUAUGUAGAAUAUUUUUGUAGCUUUAAAGGCCUACUCAAAAAGAUGAGAUAGAUUCUUUGAUUGAAACAACAAAAGAUGAAAAAUCUAAAUUAGAAAUCAGGGAAAAAAAGGAAAUAUAUAUUAAAUUUUAAAAGGAUAUGGCUGAUAACUAACUUUAUAUAUUGGCAUUAGAAAUGUUGAAUUAAACUGAUGAUGAUAAAUAAAAAAUUGAAGCAUUGACUUUUCUUAUUCAUUUAUUAGAUUUUGGAAAUGAAGAAAUGUAGAAUAAUUUUUAUAAAUUGUUACAAAAGGAAAAUGUGAAAUAAAAAUUUUUAGUAUUUUUAAGAGGUUUCUUCUUAAUUGAUUUAGAUGUAAGAAUUAAAGAAUUAGAAUAAACUAAUGGGAAUCAUACUGAAUAUACACUUCUCUGUCUAAAGGUAUUAUAAUUAUUACAAGUUUUAUGUGAAAAUCUAAACAUGGAUUUUUAAAGAUUUUUAGUAUAAUAAUAUGAUGAUGAUUCAUAUUAAGCUAAUAUUAAUAUUGUUAAUGAAGUUGCUAGUUUAUUAGCUGAUCUUCUAGAAAAAGGAUAAAAAGUAUUUUAUAAAUUAUAAGAAAUAUACAAAUAAGCUUUAGAAAGUUUAGUUGAAUUUUCUAUAGGUUAUGUUGAAAAUAAAAAGGAGUUAUGUAAAAAUACAAGAUUAUUUACUUUAUUAAAUUCAAUAUUGCAAGAAUAUGAACUGUUAAGUUUUGAUUAGCUUUAUUAAGAAAAAUAAAGAGAAAAAUAUGUUUUAUAUUAAAUAUUGCAUUCACUUAUUAAAUUGCUCUUAUUAUUAACCUAAGGAAGAUCAGAUAUUCAAUUAUUAAAAUUCAUUAAAGAUACUGUUAAUAUUACUUUUUUGAUAAGAAUAGCAUAAUCUAUUUAUGAAGAAAGAAUCAAACCAAAAUAAAGAAACAUAAUUUUAGAUAAUAUUUGUGAAUUAAAAAGUGAAUAACAUUAUGAUUGUACUAAUAGUUUUUGUAAACAUGAAUUAAGAACAAAUGAGGAUAAUAUUUUAAUACAAACAGGAUUUAAUAUAUUUAUCAUAUGUUUUAAAUUAUCAGAACAUUUUCCAGAUGAGCCUAAAUUGGAAUUGCUCAAAUUGGAUGAGAAAAAAGAAAAAUAUGAAGAUUUGUAUGAUUUUACUAAUUUUUUAGAUCCAGAAUUUAGAAAAAUUCUAAAAUUAUUAUUAAACUAAUUUUAAUAAAAAUAAAAUUUAUAAAAUAAUAAAAUAUAACCUGUAAAUUAGGAAGAGAAAUACAAUCAUAAUUAAUAUGAAAGUUAUUGCUUGUUACCUUAAGAUGGUGAAUUAACUUCUAAAAGAACAAAGAUCGCAAUUUCAAAAAUUUUGUCUUAAAAAUUAAAUAGAACAGAUAAAUUCUUUAAAUUUUAUAGAUAAUUCACAGGAAGAAUUGAAAUAUAAAAUGAAUUGAACUAAAUAGAAAAAAUAUUUUUUUAAAAACCCUUUAUUUGCAAUUUUAUUACUCCAAAUAUCAAAUAACAUUUGAUAUAUGAUAUUAAUAGAGAAACAGAUGAAGAUAGAAUGCGUGGAUUGAUCGAAUUUUCUGAAUUUUAUUAAAUUCAAAUGAGACAUUCUUAAUAAAUUAAUACUAUAAUAAUUAUGCGUUUUGGUGUUGUAAUUUGGAGAUCAUUAAAAGAUAUAUCUUUCAUUUUGUGUUUAAUUAUUGUAAUUCUACUUGUAUUUAUGCAUGAUACAGUUAUAAAUAGUAAAAUAGCAUCUAAUAUUGAAGCACCUGAAGAUUAAAAUAUAACAUCAGGAGAAAUCUUUGUUAAUUAUUUAAAUAAUGUAUUUAUUUUUUAUUCUAUAUUAGAUAUUUUCUAUUAUUUUAUUAGUUUUAAAUCUAAUUAUAGUUUUCUUUUGUGCCUUUGAAAGAUAUCCUAUUUCAAUCACAUAUCACAAAAAACAGACAAACAUAAAGAGAGUUUAAAUAUUAAAAAAAGAAGCAGGAUUUUAGAUUUCAUGGUUGACGAUGAAAUAUUAUAGUUUGAUAGGAUAUUUUGAAUCAGAAUUUUAAGAAGAUUAAGUGAAUAAAAGUGCAAUAAAGAGAUUAAUUUUGGUUAUAUUUUUUGACUUUGAUAAUUUCUAUAAUGUAAGAUAUAUAUUUAUUAAUAAUAAUAGAUUUGCAUUUUUGGUCUAACCGUAUAUGCAUUCUUUAAUCCUUAUAUAUAUGCUAUACUUUUAUUAGAUAUCAUCAAAAGAUCUGAGGAUCUCUAAAAUAUCAUAAAAUCAAUUACAUCAAAUGGUCAAAAUUUAGCUAUAUUUACAUUUUUAGGAUUUAUUGGUUUGUUAAACUAUGCUAUAAUUGCGUUCUCUAAUUUUGAAGAGAUGUUUGAUGAUGAAAAUGGUGUUUAUGGCCAUACAUUUAUUCUUGCUGUUACAUCUACAAUUAAUUUUGGAUUGAGAAAUGGGGGAGGUUUAGGGGAAUCUUUGACUAAAUAUCCCGAUGUUUAUCAGGAUUCUACAUUAUAUUGGGACAGAUACCUCUUUGAUCUUACUUUUUUCAUUAUUUUUAAUAUCCUUUUUAUCUAAUUGAUAUUUGGUAUCAUUUUGGAUACUUUUGGUUAAUUAAGAGUUUAAAGAUAAGCUUUAGUUUAGGAUAUUGAAGGCAAGUGCUUUAUUUGUAGCCAGGAUAAAAAUGAAUUUGAACAAAUGUAAAACAUUUAUUUAUCUUUUCUUUAGAGGUGCAUAAGGUUGGCAUGAUCAUAUUUACUUGAAACAUAAUGUAUAUCAUAUGUUAUAUUACAUAAUUUAUAUUAAAAAUAAAGAUCCAAAUGAUUGUAACUCUUUGGAGAAAUAUGUAAAAAAAUGUAUUCAAGAAAAGUAAACUAAAUUUUUCCCUUUUGGAAAAGCGCUUUAAAUAGAAAAAUAAGAAGGAGAGCAGGACCAAAAAGAUUAAUAAUGA